UGGCCGAGCCACUCGCGGGCCAAGUUGGUCCGCCCCCAAGAUGGGUGAACUCGCGCCGCUCUAAGUUUUAGUUCCUCUAACAGUCCGGCUAGCAGCGUAAACUGCCUAGGCAAAGUUGUGGAGACGCUCCUGGGCGAGGGCUCUUCUGCGAAGGUGCCUCGCUUUACGGGCCUCGCUAGGUUGGAAACAGGCUAUUUUAGCAAGUGUCACGCCAUGCUUUUGCCAGCUUCCCAGUUAAAAGACGACAUUCCUGCGUAAGCCUAUUGGUGUUAAAAUGUCCUUGCCACUCACAGAGGAGCAGAAGAAAAAGAUUGAAGAGAAUCGACAAAAGGCUCUGGCCCGUCGAGCUGAGAAAUUAUCAGAACAGCCUCAGAGCACAGCUUCCGGCCCCGCUGUUUCUGGCCCUUCCCAAUCCCAGCAGGGUCCUUUCUUGAAUCUUCCAGCGGGGCCUUCUAAGCCAGUGGGCCAUGGUGUCCUUUUCAAGCAACAGAAUCUCAACAAUUCAUUUCCUACUGAUCAGAGACCUCACAAUUCCAACCAUGUUCAGCCCAGCACACCAGAGCCGGCAAAGGGGAUAUGGAAGAUCCAAGAAGGGAGGUCCACAGCUUGCUCAAGCCCUGCCCCGAGUCCUCCAAACAUCUGUAACCAGCAGCUUUUGGGUUAUAAGUCAGAUCAGGGUCAUCCCCAGGCUUCACAUCAGAUCAAGUCGACGCCCAUUGCUACCACACCCCAGGAGCCCUUGGCUAAAGCACACAGUGCCCAGGACACAGCGGCCUUCUCUGGACCAUUUCCCAGAGAUCUUGAGUUAGAGGCCAAGACAGUGAAGCCCUCCACCUCUGGCCAGGGUGGUUCGGACACCUUUUAUGCCUUAGGGGGAAAAACACCUAGAACAGAAGGCAGACCCCCAAAGAAACUGCAAACCUCAUCCCAAAAAACAAGCUGUCUGCAGGGGACGUGCACAAGGAUGGGAGAUCGUUUCCAGGUGAAGAUUGGCUACAAAGAAGAGCUCAUUGCCGUAUUUAAGUCCCUGCCCAGCAGACGCUAUGAUCCUGUUACAAAGACGUGGGACUUCAGCAUGAGCGACUACAGCGCCUUGAUGAAGGCAGCCGAGCGACUCUCCACGGUCUCCCUCCAGCCUCUGGAAGAGGUUGAUGGCAGUGUCAGGGGACAGAGCAGCCUUCCCUCAGCUCCAUCCCUGGCCUUUGUCACAGGGAGGUGCGUGCUCAUCUCCCGGGCGCGCUUCGAGGUUGACAUCGGCUAUUCGGAGGAGCUGAUCGCACUGUUUAAACAGAUGGAUUCCAGGAAUUACGAUGCCAAGACCAGGAAGUGGAGCUUUCUCCUGGAGGAGCACAAUAAACUGAUUACAAAGUCACGUGAUCUCAAGCAAGUUCGGCUGGACCCUCUGCCCAAGACAGUGACCCUGGCAUUUGCAUCUCAGCUGGAGAAGACAUCUCUCAAUGCCCAAGCAGACGUGCCUGAAGCUGACCUUUCUGGAGUGGAUGCCAAGCUUGUGGAUAACCUCAUGCCCUUCCAGAGAGAGGGAGUUAGCUUUGCCAUAUCAAAAAGAGGCCGCCUGCUGCUUGCUGAUGACAUGGGCCUGGGGAAGACCAUCCAAGCCAUCUGUAUAGCCGCCUUUUACCGGAAGGAAUGGCCGCUCCUGGUGGUCGUGCCUUCCUCUGUGCGCUUCACCUGGGAGCAGGCCUUUCUUCGGUGGCUGCCGUCUCUGAGCCCAGAGAACAUCAACGUGGUGGUGACCGGGAAGGGCCGCCUAACAGCUGGCUUGGUCAACAUUGUUAGUUUUGAUCUUCUUAGCAAGUUGGAAAGGCAGCUAAAAACCCCCUUCAAAGUCGUCAUUAUCGAUGAAUCACACUUCCUCAAAAACAUUAAGACUGCCCGCUGCCGAGCAGCUGUGCCCAUCCUAAAGGUUGCCAAGAGAGUGAUCCUCCUGUCGGGCACGCCAGCCAUGUCCCGGCCUGCAGAGCUCUACACACAGAUCAUUGCCGUCAAGCCGACAUUCUUCCCUCAGUUUCAUGCCUUUGGACUUCGCUACUGUGAUGCCAAGCGGCUCCCUUGGGGCUGGGACUACUCGGGCUCCUCCAACCUGGGCGAGCUGAAGCUGCUGCUGGAGGAGGCAGUCAUGCUGAGGCGGCUCAAGUCUGACGUUCUUUCCCAGCUUCCAGCCAAGCAGCGCAAGAUGGUGGUGGUCAACCCUGGUCGGAUCAGCACCAGGGCCAAGGCGGCCCUGGAUGCAGCGGCCAAAGAAAUGAUGGAGAUCAAAACGAAACAGCAGCAGAAAGAAGCGCUCAUCGUCUUCUUCAACAGAACAGCAGAAGCUAAAAUCCCCUGUGUCAUUGAAUAUAUCCUGGACCUUUUGGAGAGUGGACGAGAGAAGUUUCUAGUGUUUGCACACCAUAAGGUGGUCCUGGAUGCAGUUGUUAAGGAGCUCGAGAGGAAGCGGGUUCAGAACAUCCGAAUCGACGGCUCCACUUCUUCAGCAGACCGCGAGGAUCUGUGCCAGCGGUUCCAGCUGUCCAAAGGGCACGCCGUGGCCGUGCUGUCCAUCACCGCCGCCAACAUGGGCCUCACCUUCUCCUCGGCUGAUCUGGUGGUGUUUGCUGAGCUGUUUUGGAACCCCGGGGUGCUGAUCCAGGCCGAGGACCGCGUGCACCGCAUCGGGCAGACAAGCUCUGUGGGCAUUCACUACCUGGUGGCAAAAGGCACAGCGGAUGACUACCUUUGGCCUCUGAUUCAAGAGAAGAUUAAAGUUCUGGGGGAAGCCGGGCUUUCCGAGACCAAUUUCUCAGAAAUGACAGAAGCCACUGAUUACCUCUACAAGGACCCGAAGCAGAAGACCAUCUAUGACGUGUUCCAGCAGUCCUUUGAAGAAGACGGAAAUGACAUGGAGCUUCUGGAGGCAGCCGAGUCCUUUGACCCAGGAAGUACUUCAGGAACCUCUGGAAGUAGUUCCCAGGAUCUGGGAGACUUCUUGGAUGAAAACUCCUUGACAGACAGUCCACCAAAGAAAAAGAGAUUUGAAUUUUUUGAUAAUUGGGAUAGCUUUACCUUUUAAAAGGGUCAAAGAAAAAAAGAUGAAGCAUUCAAAAAUCAUGUUAUUCAUUGAAAUAAAGUAUUUUGUUUAAAAACCUGUA